UAUUAUCAGUGUUAAUCAGUUUAUCAUGUGUAUCAAAUGAUCGUACAAAUUAAUGUCCAUUUUGAUUGGCUAUAACACGAUCCCCAAUUUAUAGUACUAACGGCGCCCCAAACAGCGAUAGUAAAUUCUCUGAGCCUCAUAAACACAAAAAAACUGAUAUGCUAGUUCGUAGUGUUUUUAGUGUGUACCAUAGAACUUUUCCUAUUAGUUAACAAAAAACCACCAUUUUUUCGAACGAUCUUAACAAACUUAAUUCACGAUCGUUUUGUAAGAUCGCCAGUUUACAUCGAUUUCCAUUUCUUCGAAUCGUAGAUUGCUCUUAUUAAAAAAACCAGUUAUUAAAGGAACUUAGUAACAUCAUAAAUCUGAGCCAUCGCACGGUUUUACAACAAAAAGCCAACUCGGUUAUAGACUUCAACAUUACUUCUCACUCACUUUUUCGGGAAACUAGUUACUUUUCCUUUAUAGAUCGCUUGAAGAUGCCUCAAAAGACAGACGACAUCGGCACGUCGAAUGUAAACAACUCUAUGACAAAUGGCAAAAUAUUUAAUGCCACGGUGGAUAGUCCAGAACCCAUAGAGAAUCGACAACAAAGUAAAGCUAUUACGGACCCUACAAUUUCGCGACGGUUGUCCACAACUAUAGAUCGUACAGCAGGAAUGGUCGGUCGAAGUAAUCCCCGACAAAAGAAUGCCACAAUUUCAAAAGUUGACGACCCAGUUGGUAACUUUCGGCUGUCUAUUGACGAAUCUGUAGUUUCAGCAUUAUUGGACUGUGCCUAUGCCGACGUUAAACAUGAAGUGUUAGGCUACCUAGGUGGAACAUGUGAUGUAGAUCGAUCGGAUAAUACUAUCGUUUGUCGUGUCGGUCAAUUCAUAGCAUCGGAAAGAAUUGUUACUUCAUUGUUGACUGAUGAAGUGCAAGAAAUACCCAAUUCACGUGAGGAUGCCAUAAAAUUUUUCGAGGAGAACAAUUUAGAGUUUAUUGGAUGGUAUCGAAGUAAUUUUCAGUCAAAUUUAAAUUCAAUUCCUACCCAAUCUGAUAUUUUAAAGCAAACUUCAAUACAAUCGAAGUUUCCGAAUAGUGCUGGAGUUAUUGUCAAUAUAUCUGCCACAUCUUGUCCUUCGAUUGGUUCAAAGGGAACAAACGUAACUGGAUUAGUUAAUUCAAUAAGCGUUUUUAGAACGCUUGAAUCGCCUUAUACAAAUGGUGAUAUUAAUAAUUCAUUACUAAAUAACAAGACGAAAAAUGGUAAAAUAUGGAAAGGCAAGGGGAAAGCGAAUUUAAAGGCCAACAAAGUGUCAUUUACUGUAAAUCGACAAAUGUAUAUGUGUCCAAGUGUUAUGCAACAAUUAAGUUGCGCAUUGAUGACAGUUCUUCGAGAAACAAGACAGACCUAUGCUGGACAAGUUCUAGAAUGUGAGAAUAGGAAUGGUCAACGAAUAUUUGUUGAUUCACAUUAUGAAUCUUUUUUAAUGAAUUUCUUAAGGAAAAGUGCUCUGCAGGUUAGAAUUUUUUGGAGAAUCUAAGAAACUAUUAAAUUUUUAUUUUAUUUUAAUUUGCUAAUUUAAAUAUAAUUUUUAUCGUAGUUUGAUAGGUCAAUAGAUCAAGAUUUCA